AUGGCUGAGUCUGCGCAUGCUCACACGGGCCCCUCUGACGACUCGCCGUGCUACAACUGCGGCGCCAAAGGCCACUGGGUUGUUGCUUGUCCAGAGCCGACAAGAAAGACUCCUGCUGGCCUUGCCAACGCUUGGAGGAACGCUCCAAACGCUCCGAAUGCUGGCCAUGGUAAUCAUCGGCAGCAUCAUGGAGGGAAUCCAAAAAGGAUGAACAAGGGGCCCAUCAUCACCAAAUAUGCACCACCACCUCCUCCUCCGCCGCCGCCGCCUCACCCUUCGUCUCUGAGCCAUGGCACAGCUCCUUAUCCGCCACUGCCGCCUGGACCUCCAUAUCCUCAGCAGAACCCUCAAUUCCAGAGCCCUUAUGCUCAUUACCAGCCUGCUGCGCACUACCCAACUGGAUAUGGUCCAACCUAUCCAUCGCAGCAGUAUCAUCAGCCGCCUUAUGGUGCAGCCCCUGCAGCCCCAGCGGGUUACGCAGCUCAUCCUCCUGGGCCGCCAGCACCACAGCCACCGGCACCGUAUCCUGCGGCGUAUGCCUCAUACCCGCCUGCUGGGCCAUCCAGCGCGCCUGGUUACCCGCCCCAGACGACUUACACUCAGUCUUAUUCGCAGCCACCAUACGGACUGCCCCCAGUUCCUUACUCUGCCCAGAGCGGGCCUGCACACUUUCCACCUCCGCCCAAGCCGCCGCAUGUUUCUCGUUCUCAUUCUGGUUUGAACCAGCCCGCUCCUGUUCAUCAUUCUCUUCCGCCGAAGCCCCCCAGAAGCGUCCAUACGCAGCAAGAGCCUCACCGAGAUCAUAGGAACAGACGGAAACAUGAUCGUCAAAACAAAAACCGUGAUCAUAGACGCCGGGAUCAAGGCUCCCGUCAUCGCUCCUCGCAACAGAAGAUGCAGAAUAAGGCCAACCGUUCUAACCGUGGUAAUCGUUCUAAUCGCUCUAGCUCAGCUAUUAGAUCCUCCCAGAAAGCAUCGGCCUCGACUACCGCGGAACUGGCUAAAACUGGCCCACUAUCAUCAAUAGAGGACCUUGAAAAGAGCGCCAAAUUCGGAUCUGAAGCCUCAAAAGAGGACUUCCCUGAAGACUCGGCUGCGACCGAGAUACCGAAUGCGCAGUCGUAUCAACACGAGGAUGACAUGCUCCCUCAGCUGGCUUCUGCUGAGCUUGACGAGGAUUCCGAAACUGCCGAUUCUGAGUCUGGGGAGUCUACGGAUAAUAAUGAAGGUGAACCUCCUCGGGCGGUCCUAUCCAAUGAUGAGGCAGAAUCAGCACGGGAUGACGAACGAGGACUUUCUCAGAACACUCAUCAUCAUGGAAAAGACGAAGCCUCAUCUCCCAGUAUGGCUCUUGACACGCCUCAUCUUAAUGGAAAGCAUAAGCGCAGAGAUGACGAGUCAGAGGACGAACGUCAACCAAAGAAGUCAAAAGCUUCAGCAUCGCUUGCACAUGAUCCAAACGACGCUGAAGAUGACAACCAGACACAAGCGCAAUACGGUACCGGAUCAGCAGUCCAAGGCAACGAUGCACCAAUUGUGGAAGAAGAGGAUGAACCUGUCCUGCCCCCACUGGAGCCUGAAUCUCGGUCACGGUCAAAGGAGCGCCAUCAAGGCCCAAAAUCUAGGAAUUCGUCGGUCUCUAGCCGAUCAUCCGACUUGAACUCACUGGAAGCUGAGCUUCUGGGGCGACCUGCUAAGCAGAGGUCCCCCGACGACAUUGGUGUCCACCAACGGCAGGAUCGUGUGACUUUGCCUAAGAUGCAACGCCGCCGCCAACGAAAUGCGGAUUCUGCAUACAGUCGCCGCUGGUGA